AUGACUUCCAGAAGCAAUGGUAAGUCAUACUUUUAAUUGUAACCACUUUUCGAUUAAUGUCAGCCGUUACUACCUUUUAUAUUAUAGUAGUAUGAAGGUAUUUAUAGUCUUUGUUUUCAUGCAUUUUUUCUAGCAUUCUUCCACCCAUGUUCACAUCGAAUGCACUUAGUGUUACUUUUGAUGCUGGGAUGGGCGAUUACUUCCUAUCAGAGGACAAAUCUGGGUAGGUAGUUUUGAAUAUUCAAACUUCGAAUAUUUGAACUUUAAUUUUCCAUUUAUGAUUAGGCAUGACCAUGACAUGUAUGGUAAACUCAACUGCAGUAACUAUGAUACAGCAUCAGAACGUCGAUUACAAGAAGCAUAAUCAUGUAAAUCGAUGUUUUGUAAACCAAACCACAUCUGAUGGCAUACCCGCAAAUAAUUAUGGCGUAAGGGGUGAUGAUCUUCCAAGUAUAACGACUUGUUAUUAAAUUAGAAGAAGCAAAAUAGCCUCAUUUUUAAGAUUUUACGAGAUGUCGCCCACAAGAUUAUUUAAAUCAAAUUUCAAAAAUGAUGACCUUUCAGGGCGAACUUUUGUGGUCUCCCCGAAUGCAGAAUCUCCUAUUUUCCAGUUCCUUCUGGGGCUGUAUGCUCAGCAAUAUCCCUGCUGGCUAUAUUUCCGACCGAUUUUCUCCUCGAAAUGCCCUCUUCCUUGCUGUUUUGAUCAUGUCUAUCUCCACAUUCUCCAUCCCAUUUAUAACCGAAUUUUUUGGUUUUAUUGGAGUUUUCAUUGCUCGUUUUAUCUACGGGAUUGGAGAUGGGUUCGUCUUGCCUACGGCCAAUUGGAUAAUCAGUCGAUGGGUACCUCGGAACGAGCUCUCUCAGGCCGGUUCUUUGUUUACAUCCGGCUUUCAGAUCGCUGGGAUUGUUGGUGUCCCGAUAUCAGCGGCUUUCUGCGAUUCCUCCGUUAAAUGGCCGGGGGUCUUUUAUUUGUGUGGUAGGAACAUCAGCUACUGUAAUCUUGACUAAAAAUGUCUUAAGAUUUUUUAUUAAAUUUUUUCAGGAUUAAUGGGAAUCCUCUGGUGCGUAAUAUUCUUAUUAACGGGAAAAGAUUCGCCUCAGAAAUCGAAAGUAAUCUCCCGUACGGAGAAAGCCUAUCUCGUCGAGAAUAUCGCUGAUCAUCGUCAAGUCAAAGGUCAUGCGAAGAUAAAGCAGCCCUGGAGAGAGAUGUUCACCUCCGUCCCCUUGCUCGCCUGUCUCUACAGUAGUUUUUGUUUCCACGUUUUUUUGAUGUUCAUUGCUUCGUACACUCCAUCCUUCUUUAAGGAGGUCUAUUAUUUGAAAACGAUGGAUGUAAGUGGAAUACGUUGGGCGAUUGUCUCUAAAACACUUUAGAAUGGAAUUUACAGUGCUCUUCCGCAUCUCGGCCAGAUGCUGACCAAGAUUUUAUGGGGAGUUUUUAUUGACCACCUCAAGAUCCGAGGUAAAAUAUCACAAACGACCAGUGUAAGGGUAUCCCAGUCCUUUUGUAAGUAUAUAACAUCGAUUCCAUUACCUAUGAUACAUCUUCAGCUUGCAUUCUGGUCGGUAUAGUGAUGCUGAUCGUCAGAUAUAAUAUGGAUUGCGAAAAAGUGAAGCUGGUCGGCGCGCUCUACAUUAUGAUGGGAUUGGCCUUAGGGCCAGCGACUUCUGGCUUCUUUACCUCUCUUCUCUCACUGGCUCCAUUGCACACGGGAACACUUACAUCGAUGUCAAUGUUGGUUGGUUCAUUCGGCAUGAUCGCCUGUCCAUGGAUUGUGGAUAUGUUCCGAGUUGAUGGGACACCGGAAGAGUGGCAAACGAUUAUGUUAAUCAUCAGUCUUCUGAUCAUUUCGUCAGGGUUUAUUUUCGGAACCAUGGCCUCAGGGGAAGCGCAAAAUUGGGCGGUUCCAAAGGCAUCAGAGAUGGAUGUAAUUGAGGCGAAACAACCGCUGAAUGAACUUCAGGAAUCCAUAAUUUAA